AUGAGCGCGUCUGCUGGGACCGGGGUAUUCGUGCUGUCUCUCACGUCCAUCCCAAUUUGCUAUAUGUUCAAUUCAAUCGUUUGCAGCGACAGUGCUGAGGCGUUGUUCUACGCUGGAUUUGCCACUUUCGUCAUUCUUUGCAUCUCGGGACAGUUUAUUCUCAACAAGAAGCCUCCUGCAGAUCCUCUCUUUUAUGUUUAUGCAGCUUUUUCUUUUCUGAGUGUCAUCAAUCUUAUAAUUGGAUUGGAACAAGACAACAUCAUUGAUGGCUUCGUGUCAUUUUAUCUCAAAGAAGCAAAUCCACAUAUUAACACAUCCCACGGUCACAUGAUCUCGUAUUGGGAUGGCUGUAUACACUAUCUCAUGUAUCUACUAGUGAUUGCAGCGAUAACAUGGGGGGACAGUUACAGAGCCAUUGGCCUGUACUGGGUGGGAUCCUUUCUCAUGCGUGCCAUAGUCUACAUUCUCGGGAACGCUGUGGGUAAAUAUGGGAUCCAUGUGAGUCUUUUGUCUAUUCUCCACGGUCUGUACGUCUCUGUCGCCGUUUGGGCUUGUUUCAGAAUAUUCAGCCAGCCCUCCACUCAGGAGCCUCUGACCACAGACACUCCGAGAACAAGUUUAUUCCAAAGACCCACAGAUCUGUUGUUUGUGAUCUACCUCAUACCAGCAUUUGCCUUCUGUGUAUUUCGAGGCUUGAUCGCCUUGGAUUGCCCUGGUCAAUGGUGCCAGGACUACGCCAACCAGUUUGAACCCUACCUCAAAGACCCCACAGGCUAUCCAAAAGUACAGAUGUUGGUGAGCAUGUUGUACUCUGGUCCGUAUUACAUGAUGGCUAUUUAUGCGCUUACCGUCCCGGGAUGUCAGUGGAUGCCUGAUCUUACUCUAGUUCAUUCUGGAGCGUUGGCCCAGGCCCAGUUUUCUCACAUCGGGGCAUCUCUCCAUACUCGGACUCCUUUCUCUUUCCGAGUCCCAGUGAACAGUCAGCCUCUGUUCCUGUUGGUGAAUGUCCUCUACGCUCUGGUCCCUCAGCUCCUUUGCAAUCGCUGCUGCACCAGCCCCAGCUUUUUCCUGUCCACCACAACCACAUCUGAUAAAAAAGACGAGUGA